UGGCGCCAGGCGGCGGAGGGAGCCGCGUCAUCCCGCGGCGGCAGAGAGGAGCGGCUCCGGCAGGCAGGCAGGCAGGAUGCGGCCCCUGCUGCCCCCGGCCGCGCCGCCCCCGGGCUCCGGCCCCGCCCUCCCCCCGGGGGCAGCGGCGGCGGCGGCCCUCUCCUCCUCCCCCUCGCCCCCACUCCCGCCCUCCGGGGGUCCCCGGCGCUGGCAGGGCGGGGGCGGCCGCGCCUCCGCCUCCGCCUCCUCCGCCCGGCCUCCGGCGGCCUCCCCGCUGCGGGUGCCGGCGCUGUGCGUGGCCUGGUACGCGCUGAGCGCGGGCGGCAACGUGGUGAACAAGGUGCUGCUGGGCGGCUUCCCGCGGCCGGUGACGGUGUCGCUGUGCCACGUGCUGGGGCUGGUGGCGCUGCUGCCGCCGCUGCUGCGCGCCUGGCGCGUGCCCCCCGCCGCCCCCGCCCAGCUGCCGCCGCGCGCCUACCCGCGCCUCAUCCUGCCGCUGGCCUUCGGCAAGUACCUGGCCUCCGUCUCGGCCCACGUCUCCCUCUGGCGCGUGCCCGUCUCCUACGCCCACACCGUUAAGGCCACCAUGCCCAUCUGGGUGGUCCUCCUGUCCAGAAUCAUCAUGAAGGAGAAGCAGACCACAAAGGUGUACUUGUCCCUCAUCCCCAUCAUCGGUGGCGUCCUGCUGGCCACCGCCACGGAGCUCUCCUUUGACACCUGGGGCCUCGUCAGCGCUCUGGCAGCCACCCUCUGCUUCUCGCUGCAGAACAUCUUCUCCAAAAAGGUGCUGAGAGAUUCUCAAAUCCACCAUCUCCGGCUGCUGAACAUCCUGGGAUGCCACGCUGUGUUCUUCAUGAUCCCGACGUGGGUUCUGGUCGACCUCUCCUCUUUCCUGGUGGAGAAUGACUUGGGCUCGAUGGCGCACUGGCCCUGGACCAUCCUCCUGCUGGCCAUCAGCGGCUUCUGCAACUUUGCCCAGAACGUGAUUGCCUUCAGCAUCCUGAACCUCAUCAGCCCGCUGAGCUACUCGGUGGCAAACGCCACCAAACGGAUCACCGUCAUCAGCGUCUCCCUCCUGAUGCUCCGCAACCCCGUCACCACCACCAACGUCCUGGGCAUGCUGACCGCCAUCCUGGGGGUCUUCUUGUACAACAAGACCAAGUACGACGCGCACCAGGCGGCCAAGGGGCGGCUGCUCCCCGUGACGACGGGGGACCUGGCGGACCGGCAGCCGCUCCGGAGCAGCCCCGAGAAGUCCCCGAACGGACUGGCGCCCUUCAUGCAGCACGGGGAGCUCCCCUACGGCGGCAGGAGCAGCGUCCUCACGGACCACUUCCAGUACAGCCGGCAGGGCCACCCGGCUCUGUACAGCUCCAAGCGCUAUGACAUCUAGGGGGGAGCCGGCUCCGGGCCGGACUGUGGCGGAGGGAAGGACACGUGCGCGCGUUGGGAGGCCCACAGCGGGCCACUGGAAACGGACGUUGCUGCAGCAGAGCCCGGAGCGUGGCCCCCAGAGUGCUCCCCGUUGGGACCUUUGCCCUUCUGGGUUGCCCUUUGGAGCGUUUGCAGAGAAGCCGCUUCCUCUCUCUUUCCUCCUCGUCCUCCUUGUGGAGGCGAGAAUGCGGAGCAGCAGAGGGCAGUGAGCGGUCAUUUCCUCCAGCACUUGUCCAAGGGGUGGGUUGGGGGGGGUGUCUGUGUGUGUCUGUGUGUGUGUGUCUUUCCUCUCCAGCUAAUGUAGCAUUGCCGGGCGUUGCACAGAGAGAGAGCGAGAGAGCGAGAGAACUGCCUUCAGCCCGACAGGGGUGCGGGGCGACCACACGAAACUGCUUUCCCAAGAGUGGUGGUGAUCAGGCUCCCUGCUGGGAGCAGAUGCCACCGCCCAAUACGGAGCUGGGGGCCCCAUCCAGACUAGUCAGUCUUGACUCAACACCAUGGAAAUAAAUCAGUGAGGAAAGCUGGCCGGGCCUGGCCGGAGUCCCACCAGUGGCCAGGGGGCCGCGUCUUCCCUUCCCUUCCCAUCAUGCGGUUAGAGACUCUGGCAAAGGCUUCCUUCCGCCUGUCGCAAAUCAUGUGGGGCGGCACUUCCGAAGCCUUUUUCCUUUGGGGUUUGGUGGCAGCAUCGGCCUCUGCCAGCUGGAGCCUUCCCUGCUGGCCCCGGCCCCCUUUCUCCUGGGCGCUGCUGCCGCUGCUUCUUCUCUUGCGGUGGGGUUGGACUCCUCUGGCCUGGGGGAGGCAGGCAGCCCUCCGGAGACAGACCGCUGCCCCCCCCCCCCCCCGCAGGGGCAGAGAGCUUUCGCUUCCCCGCCACGUCUCCCAAGAGCAGCACAAAGCCCCAGCCAGGUGCCCAGAGAGAGGAGGAGACCCCAGGAGGAGCAGCGGGGUGGGAGGCCGCUCUUGGACGGGGUCUGGGCGGGAGAGGAGGCGGGCUCUCCGUGCCUCCCCCCCCACCCCGGGCCUGAUCCUGGAUAGGCUCUUGGAAGCCUCCUGUCCCUGCGCCGCCCCCCUCCCUCCCCCAGCAGCCUGUGUCCAGUGUAUUUGGUGCUCAGCCUGCUCAGGAUGCAGAGGCGUAACUAUAGGGGGGGCAGGGGGGGGGCACGUGCCCCAGGCGCCAUCUUUUCUGGUCACGUGGGGGGCGCCGCCAUGACCAAAUUUUAAAAAAAAAAUUAAAUUUUUUUUGUUAAUACAAAUGUUUCCUGCUCAGUGCAGCAGCACUACAGCAGUCAAGGGAGCGCGUCAGUGCCCCCUUCCCCAUGAGCGGUCCCUUCCGCGCCGCCUGCGCCCCCCCCCCAUUGCUUUGCUGGCGCCUGGCGGCCAGUCAGUGGCCUGGCUUGGUGGCGGCGGCGGGCGCUUGUGAGGAAAAACCUAAGUAUAAUGUAGUAUGUGGGGGGGGAUGGGGGGGCACGGUGGGGGGGCGCCAUUUCAGUGCUUGCCCCGGGCGCCGUUUUCCCUAGUUACGCCUCUGUCAGGAUGUGCUUCUGCCAGUUGGUCUCAAGAGGAGCUCACUGAGAGAGGGAGCACCUUUAGGCGUGUCUAUGACUAUGCUCGUGUGUGCGUGUGCGUGCGCGGGAAAUUGUGGAUGUAAAACUUCUGCAACUCUCCAGAAAAGCAAAAUGGGCAAAGAGCCGGCACUUUCCACAGAGAGGAAAUCGGCUGGUUAGGUCUGACCUUCAGCUCGGAAGUCAGCGUUGGGAUUUGGCUUCUCCCCCCACUGCCCUUGACUGGUCUGGGGGGGCCGCCAGAGCCUUGCCUUCCUCCCAGCUUCUUGCAGGGUCUGGCUGCCACGCGAGGCUGGGGUGUCUCUUGUGUCAGAGAGGCAAGGCGGCAGCUGCAAGCUGGUUCUGGCGAAGGGCCCCCCCCCCCCCUUCCCGGCCGGCUGCCUGCUCUCCUCUGCUCUGGAGGGGGCCUGUGGGGCUGCCACCUGGGAAGAGGCAACCCGCCGCGAGCCCCAGAGAGCUGUAGAGCUUGGAACAGGAUCUGCCGCCCCUCUAAGAGGGGUUCCCAGGCGUGGACUACAACUCCCUGCAUCCCCAGCAACAAUGGCUUGGGGAUUAUGGGGGUUGUAGUCCACAUCUGGGGCUCCCUCUUCGGAGAGAACCGUGCAUUGGACCUCGGCCCGUCGGCUCCUGGGGGUGGGGGGGUGGGCUGGGGGCGUCCAUCGUGCCCCUGGGCACAACCCCUCCUGGCCGGGGCAGGGCGCUGGCUUUUCCUGGGAAGCUGCCGACUUGAAAUGGGAUAGAAGAAAAAGGGUGUGUUGUAAUUAUGCUUUUUAAAUAUUGAAAGUGUAAAUAAAGAUGAAUUCCGCAGAGUC